CUCCUUCUCCAACCUCUCCAAUGGCGUUCGCAUCCAUCGAGAUCACCCUGAUCUCGGCUCGCGACCUCAAGGACGUCAACAUCUUCUCCCGCCUCGAAGUCUACGCCAUCGCUUGGCUCUCCUCCGACCCUCGCACUCGCCAUCGCACCGCUCCCGACCGCGAAUCCCGCAGGAACCCUAACUGGAACACCACCUUCCGAUUCGCCGUCCCUUCAAUCCCUUCCGCGACCUCCGCCACCCUCCACGUCCUCCUCCGCACCCGUCGCUCUCUCGGAGAUCGCGAUGUCGGCGAGGUCCACGUUCCUCUUUCCGAGCUCCUCUCCUCCCCGGCCGGAGACUCCUCCAGCUCCCUCAGCUAUCAGGUACGCCGUCCUUCCUCUCGCCGCCCUAAGGGUGUCCUCCAUCUCUCCUACAAGCUCUCAGAUCCCAUGCCCAAUCCUAACCCUAACCCUAACCCUAAUUCCAAAUCCAAUGAAAACGGCACUGUCUACCCAACCCCACCGGCGGCCAAGCCUGUGGAGCCGGUGACGGCCUACCCGGCGUCGGCGUAUCCACCUCCGUCCUACGGCGGCUACCCGGCCUACCCUGCGCCACCCUAUGGUUACCCACCCCAGGCUGGGGCGCCAGGGUAUGGGUAUCCGCCGGCUGGGUAUGGCUACACCCCUCCUCCGCCGGCGGCGGGAAGGGGAAUGGGUGGUGGUGGUGGGCUAGGUCUAGGGCUUGGCGCUGGGCUCAUCGGCGGAACCCUUGGCGGGCUCUUGAUGGGGGAUCUCAUCUCCGACUCCGCCGCGUACGAUGCCGGCUACGACGCCGGCUUCGACGAUGGCUUCGAUUUCUAGCUUUGCAUGUAUUUCAUUUUUUUAAUUAUUUAAUUAUAUACAUAUAUAAAAAUAUAAUAUAAAUAUAUGA